GAAGUCUACAUAAACACCGCUGCUGGUCCCUCUGCCCCGGUGUUUUGGUGCGCAGAGAGAAACUCUUAUUUGAAAUGCAUUUGAAACAAAAAGGAUGCCUCUUCGGGGUCCUUCUCAUUUACACCAUCACAACAAUAACUUUUCCUUCUGUGGGCUGGUGUGAGCCCGCUGUGUAUUCCCAACCCAACUCUCACGUGGCUCUUCACAACGACAGGAGCAGCAUUUUGACGACGAAAGGCCUCCCUCACCCCUCUGACCGAGAGGGCCGAGAGUGGCUACACCUCGACUCAAGGCGGGGGAAAGAGUCGAGAAAUCUCCCGUACUUUCACAACUUCAAAGACAAGGACGGGACAUGGGCAUGAGACCUCUGCAGGGCCUGAACACACACGCGAACCAAAAAUGGCGUCUACUUCCACUGACAAACGCUUCAGAAUCCGUCACAAACCGAAGCGAAGCGACCCUCCAAAUAAUGAAUGUGGCAAAGGGAUAAUUCAGCAUGUCACCGCGGGACCGUUUCAUCUGACUGCGGAACUUGAAACAAACCCUAUUGGCUACCAAUCAGAUUCUGCUUCAGUCCAGGCUCAGGGAGGCCAGGAGGGGAUCAGAGGUCAGUGGCUCAGCAUCUCAGAGGAGAGCUGGCAGAGGUUGCAGCCUGUGGUGGAUUGUAGAGACGACGCCAUGACCCUCACUGUCAGGAGGAGACGAGCUGUACAACUCCAGCUGGGCCGAGUGAAUGAGUCACCCGUGCCCCUGUCGCAGCUGCCACCACAGUGUGGCUACUCUGUUCUCACCACAUGGAGAGACCUCAGUCUGACGGCUCGGUACGAUGCCUGCCAUGUCACACAGAAGGAUGACCGUUAUGUGUUGCCUCUGAUGUGGAGGGGCACUCCAGUCGAGAUGUCCUGCAAAGCCUCGCGGAUCCAGAUCCAGCCUCAGGCCGUGAGCCCUUCCUCCCUCUGCUGCUCCCCGUACGGUAUGACUGUCAAACUGCAGGGACUCUAUGCUACAGAGGAUCUGAGGGUAAAUGUCAGAGGAGAAUGGACCCCUUUGGUGGAGUUGGCCGAGCAGUGUGGCUACACACUGGACAGACGAGAUGCUGAGAUUGUAAUCGCUGCUCCAUUCAUCACAUGUGGCAUCACAGUAAAGGAUGGAAAAUACACUCUUUCCCUUCAGAUGGGGGAGAAGACCUUCACACUGGCCUGUCCUGUCUCUCCCCCUGAAGAACUCACGCUAACCCAUCAGCCUCUGGGCAACAGCCCUCAUCUAACCAGUGGGCCAACAGAGGACAUGCCAGAAUCCCUGGAGCCUUUUCCAUGGGCUCCACCUUUCUUCCUGGCCCCGCCUUACUAUCCCCACCCGACGUAUCACAACAAGUAUCCUGAUCCUGAUGGACACGAUGCAUAUAACCCUCUUACUCCCUCAUCUCCGACUCCUGAGCCUACAUUUGGUCCACAGCCUCUCCCUCCUGUUGUCUCCCGGCCAGACUAUCAGGAUUACCCCCACCAGAUUCCUGUACAUCUGGGUGGCCACACUUCUCUGGCCUCUUCAGAUGAUGUGGCAGAUUCAAGUCAGGUGAAUCCAGAUGGGCAACAAAAGCACAAAACUCCUGUCUUGGGCUCAAUGAAGCUCCGUGCCGCACACUCGCCCUCCUCAGAUACAGGCUUUCAAAUUCAAGUUGAAGCACCUCCUCUCCAGCCCCCAAGCCACAUGUUCAAUCCAUACUAUCACUACUACCAUCACCCUAAAAUCCCUCUUACUGGCCACGGCCCCGAUCCAGGUGCUGAGGUGACGAGAGAUCUGUCUUUUACUAAUCAUCAUAUCCCUGAAUUUCCAGAGUGGCCCCCCGACGUGCAGCAGUCUGAGGCUCUCAGCAGAGUCACCUCACACCAGGUCUCUCAGCCCGUGCCUGAGGGUGCCUCUCCUCUUUCCAGCCUUCCAGCAAGUCCUCCACAAACCUCUGCCCCUGAUGCACCUCCUCCUCCACAGCCCUAUCCAUACCACUAUUACUUUCCACAUAUUGCUAGGGUCGGGGCCAAAAGAUUGCCUCCGCUCAAUCCUGAAACGCCUCCAAAUAUGUCCAAUGAUCAAAACGCAAAUUCGGGCAACUCUGAUCAUCCACUUCCUCACUCCGCACAAGUUCAUGACAAAUACAACUUAAAUCCUUACAUUGAUUUACAAAACCUAGAUACAAUUAUUAACUUUCAAAAGAGUAGUCCAGAAUUGAUCAAACUUCCACUUACAAAAGAUGAUGAUGAUGAUGUGUUUAAAGCAGAGUUGUUUUACGGUAGGAGACACUCUUCCUCUGCGACUCCUGCAGUCCAACCUCCCCUCCCCCCCUCUUACCCUCCUGGACCAGACACUGUUGCAUUUGAACAACUCUCUUUCCCCACUCCAUCACCCCACCAUAAUCUUCCUUCUUACCCGUACUACUACCACCCUUAUUAUCACUACUAUCAGAUGUAUUAUGGACCUGAGAGUUUACUCAACCCUGCGUCUCCAACUUCAUCCAAAGAAGCUUUGGACUCUCUACUUCAAGCGUCUUCCUCCCCACCACAGCAUCCGUCCUAUCGCAUACAUCAAACCACUCCAGCACCCACAAAAUUAGUUUACAAUGGCCCCCUAAACCCCCUACAAUACUAUUACCACCUGUACUACCAGCCAAAAGUGUCUGCAAACAACCAAGAGCUCCAUCCUGCAGGCAGUUUGAACUCUGAAAAGGCAUCAGAAUCUCAGCUUCCCUCAGACCACAGCGGGUUGGAUUGGCUGGUUCAUGCUGCUGAAGCAGGAUAUCCCAGCAUCCCUCAGCCACUUCAUAACCUCAAUUCCCAUUAUAUCACUCAGAAACAGCCAUAUGAUGCUCUUGGGCAUCCUGCUGGAGAAGAAGCAGAAGAGCGGCUGGAUAGUGAAAUGAAAGAUCAUCUGAAUGCCAACCCGUCCACUCCCUCUGCCUCGCCCUGUGGCCUUGGCCCUGUGUCAGGUCUCGGCUCUCAGGGCUGCUGCUCGUACCCUGUGAAGGACUGCACAAUGGGACAGCAUUUAAUCUUUGCGGUGCCUGACUCUGUGGGGGAGCCCACGGUGGCCCCCGCUGCUCGUCCCUCUGAGGUCAGUAAUGUGUCCUGCACGCUGCAGAAGCUGACCUCUGACCCCGACAUCUACAUGAUCCCCCUGGACGGCUGUGGAGUGAGCAGACAUGUGUUUGGUGAGACGGUGGUUCAUCUGGUGGAAGUCCAUGGUAUCCACUAUCUUCAACAAGACCACAGUUCUGUGAUUGAGAUCUCUCCUGUCAGGUUGAUGGUGGAAUGUAGUUCCUCCCCAGGUUCUCCAGGGGAAGUGAGGCUGCACGUGAUGGCACCACCUCCUCCACCUCCGGUUCAGUCUACACCAGCCACCGUCACGGUGCAGCUGAGAGUUGCCACAGAUGAGUCCUUCACCAGCUUCCACCCUAAGGCUCACCUGCCUCUCAGCCUCGUGCGAGGCAGAGCAGUUUAUGUGCAGCUGAGCCUGCUGGACGCCCCCGAGCCCGGCCUACUGCUGCUGGUUCACUCCUGUUUGGCUUACACUCAUGCUCCAUACACCAGCUGGAUGCCAGUUUAUGAUGGUUGUCCGGGACGGAGUGAUUCACAGCUGCUUUCCUCCCCGCGCUCCGACCCCCACCACAUCCAGAGGAUCGUAAUCUCUGGCUUCCAGGCUCUGCCCUCAGAAAGCCCCUCCUACAUGGCUGAAGGAGGAUACCCUCACCUAGAGGACCCAGAGAUCUUCUUCAUGUGUUUGACAGAAGUGUGCUACGCUGCAGAUGGCGACUGCACUGUCAGCUGCAUCAACAGUCCCACCAGUGACGUGUGAGCGACGAAAUAAACUUGUUACACAUCUGCACUCUUGUUUUGUUUCAUGGAAAUAACAGAUACAAGUCUUGGUGAUAUGGUGGCGGUAAUAUUUAUUUAAAAACUUGAGAACAUUCGUGAAAGAAAAGAAGCUAAACAGUUUUCAUUCUAAACCGAACACUUAAUGCAUUUUUGUUUGGUCACAGAAGCGGGAACAUGAGGGAAUGAAAAAGUUUAACGAAUGUGCGAUGAUGGCAAAGUGUUUCCUCUGUGUCAAAGCAGCAUUUACAGAAGCUCUGAAGCCACUUGAACUGUUCAGUCAGUUAACCGCCUCUUACAGGAGCUGAUGACUGAGCAACAUUUCUGUCACACUCUAGAAGGCCCAUGACUUUAUUCCCAGUCCUGCGGCCCUCUGAACAAUCAUGGAUAGAAAACAUUAAAUGGAAUA